AUGUCGAGUAGAAUACAUAGUUCACCAGAAAUAAGCGAAGAACAAAAGCAUCCUAUCAUUUUAGACGGCAAAAGUCAUACGGCUAAACUAAUCGUAAAAAUGUUUCACGAGAAAUGUUUCCAUCAGGGCAUCGAGACUGUUAUCAAUAUGACUAGACAACAGUUCUGGAUCUUAAACGUACGAUCAGUCGCCAAGAAAGUUCAAAGGAGCUGCAUGAGGUGUAGCAUAGACAAUGCCAAACCUUAUCCUCCUCAGAUGGCUGCACUACCACAGUUAAGGACCUCAAAAGUGCAACAUCCAUUCUUCUACACUGGAGUGGAUUAUUUCGGACCUAUCGAAGUUACUGUUGGCCGCAGACAUGAAAAAAGAUAUGGUGUCCUAUUUACCUGUUUAUCCACUCGAGCAAUUCACAUCGAAACGGCUCAUUCUCUUAACACAGAGAGUUGUAUAAUGGCGAUUCAACGAUUCAUCAGCCGAAGACCAGUUCCCUCAGAACUAUAUUCCGACAAUGGCACAAACUUUGUAGCUGCAGAUAGGGAACUUAGAAACGCUGUAAAGUCACUCAAACAUGAAAAGAUCCAAAAAGACGUGGUGAACUACGGGAUAAAGUGGAAUUUCAUUUGCCCGCGAGCACCACAUAUGGGAGGCUGCUGGGAAAGACUUGUUAGGUCUGUAAAGACCGCAUUAAGGAGUGUUAUGCGCUGCCAGUACCCAAAAGACGAAGAGCUUCAGACUUUCAUGGUUCGCGUUGAAUUUAUAAUAAAUUCUCGCCCACUCACUCAUGUUUCUCUGGAUCCCAAUGACCCCGAACCAAUCACACCAAACCAUUUUCUAAGAGAAGCUUACAAAAUCAACCUAAACGAAGACCAACUGUGUAAACGACAAUUAGCUCGUGUUAAAUCACUCCUAGACGGCUUCUGGAAGAGAUGGGUGCACGAGUACCUUCCAUGCCUUUCAAGACGGUGCAAAUGGCACAAGAAAUUGGACCCACCAAAGAUUGACGAUCUUGCAAUAAUAAUUGAGGAAAACUGCCCAAAAAAUACUUGGCCCCUUGGCCGAAUCUCGGCUGUCUACCCAGGUCAUGAUGGCCAAGUACGAAUAGUAGACAUAACAACAUCAAAAGGAACUUAUCGCCGGCCUCUGACUAAAGUUGCAGUCCUUACCGUUGGAGGGGAAAACAUCGUAAAAGCACCGGUCACAGGCACAGGUGGUGAUCAGCGGCUGGCAAACAGCACCACCAAGCAGCGGCUGGCAACAGCACCACCAAGCAGCAGGGUCAUACUACUCACCAUCUCACCUAGUCAGUUCUAG